AUGUCUGCUUACGACCGUGAUGUCGUUGUCAACUGCCUCAAGAGGCACUACGAGCUCUUGGUGCGCAUGGGGUACAUGGAGUCCUCGGCCGUCGAGCUGCCUCCCGCCUGCGGCUGGAGCGACGCGGACCUCCGCGUCGACGCUCUCCGGGCCAUGGGCCGGUCUGAGACGGUGAUUGACCUGUUGCGACACAUCCCCUACGUCCACGAGAACGAGGACGCGGACCCUGUCGAGAUUUACACCGAGACUUUCCCGCUCAGGUACCUGCGCAGCGGGCGGUGGUUCGGCGGCAACCCUGAGCAAGAUUUCGCGACCACACCACUUCUGGAUCUUGGAUUCGCGCCAUUUGACGGGCCUGUGCCGCCGGAUAUGGUGUCGUUGACACAUGCCGAUGAGGGAAUUUGGUGGUUAAUCGACACCAAGGAGGGAUGCAUCUAUCCUUACGGCACCGAGUUCGAAAAGAACGAAGAUGAAGUUCCCCAGGACCAGCAAUGGCUCGCAGUCGACCCGGUGCCCAUCCAGGCCUAUUUCGAUAGCAUCUACUCCCAGGUCGGCAACUUGGAGGUGGUCCCGGCGCCCCGCUCGGGCAAAUGGGAGGCCAGAGUCGUGGAAGAAUACACCGAAGAAGGCCAGGAGGUCAAGCGCCUGUACGCAGAGUUUGGAUGGCCGGAUGCGUUCCGCAGGGAGGAGUUCAGGCAGGCCGUUGAGAGGACCCGUGCGGCAGCCAUUGAAGCCGGACUGGGAAACGAUGACGACGACGAGGACGAUGAAAUGACUGGUUAG